CCUACGUCAACAGAAGGCCUAAAAAUCUCCCACCGGGAAUAUGGGGCUUACCUUUAAUAGGGAAAUUACCUUCCAGCGAAGUCUCCGUCAGCGAGCAGGUGGUGGAACUCAGGAAGAAGUUUGGUAAUAUCAUAUCCUGGCGGAUUGGCAGUCGCAUCUUCAUCUUCUUCUGCGACUACAAGACCAUCAAAGCCGCUUUCGCCAAACUGGAAUUCGCAGACAGAACUGACUUCUUCAGCGUCGGUCAUUUCAAUAAAUUCACCAGAACUGGUCUCAUCAACACUGAGGGCCUGCUCUGGCAAAACAACCGUCGGUUUGCCCUCCGCCACCUGCGGGACCUGGGCAUGGGCAAGACCCGCCUGGAGGAGGCCAUCCAGCACGAGGCCGUGUGUCUGGUCGAGGACUUCGCGAGGCACGCGGGCCGGCCGGCUCCGCUGCCUUGGUCCAUCAACGUGGCGGUCCUCAAUGUCAUCUGGCAGAUGGUUGCGAGUCGACGGCAUAACGUGAACGACCCAGAAAUCCAGGAAGUCAACAAGCUCAUCAACCUUUCCUUUGAAGAGUUCCAAGAUACCGUGAUCUGGUUCGAUUUCAUGCCCUGGCUGAUACCAAUUGUGCCCCAUUUCGUUAAGAAGUGGAUUGGCAUCGCGCACUUGCCCGAUUACAUAGAGGUGAUCAGCAAACGCAUGAAGAAGCACGUGAAGGAGCACCAGGCGACGCUCGACCCCGAGAAUCCCCGAGACUACAUCGACGCUUACCUGCUGGAGAUGGAAGCCCAGAAGGACGACCCUAACUCUACCAUGAGCAUUGAAGAUCUGCUGUUCUGCAUGAGUGACUUGUUCGUGGCCGGGAGUGAGACCGUGUCCUCGACUAUCCGCUGGGCCAUCCACUACCUGGCCAAGUACCCUGAGAUCCAGGCCAAAGUACACAAGGAGAUCGAUUCUGUGGUUCCCAGGGACGUCUUCCCUUCCAUCCAACAGAAGAAUAGCAUGCCGUUCCUGGAGGCUGUCACGCUCGAGGUGCACCGUCUAGCGUCCCUGGUUCGCUUGGGAGUCCUUCACUGCUGUGCCAAAGAUACGCAGUUUGAAGGCUACACUAUACCCAAGGGUGCCAUUCUAGCAGGCCACCAGGAAGGCUGCCACUCGGACCCGACCUACUGGGAGAAACCGUAUGAAUUUUACCCCGAGCACUUCCUCGACGGCGAAGGGAAGGUCGUCACUAAAAAGGAAGGGUUUUUGCCAUUCGGUCUCGGUCGCCGCCAGUGCCUCGGGGAAUCGCUGGCCCGCAUGGAGCUCUUCGUGUUCCUCUCCGCCCUCCUGCAGAACUUCUCCUUCUCGGCUCCUAAGGGCAAGGAGCUGAGCGUCGAGAAGGACCCGAAACUGCUCAUCCUCAGUAUGCCGAAGCCUUUGGAUAUAGUCAUUACUAAGAGAGAAUGAUAAGAGAUAUGAUAUUGAAUACGAUAAAGGGGGUGGAGAGAGAGUGAUGAGGGAUGUAUAAGAGAGUGACAAGGGAUAUGAUAAAAAUGAUAAGGGUUAUGAAGAGAGAAUGAUGAGGGGUGUAAAGAGAGAAUGAUAAAAGAGAUGAGAUACGGAAAAUGAUAUGGUUAUAUGAGGAGAAAAUGGUAAGGGAAAUGAAGAAAAUCAUAAGGGAUAUGAUAAAAAGGAUAAGGGAUAUGAAAAAAAUAAGAGAUGUGAUAAAGAAUGUGAUAAGGAUGUAAAGAGAGACUGAUGAGGAACAGGAGAAAAUGAUAAGGGACACGGAGAGAAAAUGAUAAGAGAGAUGAGGAGAAAUGAUAAAGAAAAUGAAAAGAAAAUAAGAU